UCAGCCACGUCUAGCGCACAGUCCCAGGCCCCAAGGCGAAGGCGGCCAGGGGAAAUGGGGCUCAGGGAUUGCUAAGCAAACGCAUCACUGGUGGUCUCCAGCACCUGCGGAGCGGGCUCUGUUUCCCCUCCCAAGGCGGCGGCGGCUGAGCGGCGGAGCCCCCCAAAUGGCCUGGCCAGAUGCGGCAGGUUUGCUGCUCAGCGCUGCCGCCGCCGCCACUGGAGAAGGGUCGGUGCAGCAGCUACAGCGACAGCAGCAGCAGCAGCGAGAGGAGCAGCAGCAGCAGCAGCAGCGAGAGCGGCGGCAGCAGCAGGAGCAGCAGCAACAGCAGCAUCUCUCGUCCCGCUGCGCCCCCAGAGCCGCGGCCGCAGCAACAGCCGCAGCCCCGCAGCUCCGCAGCCCGGAGAGCCGCCGCCCGUUCGCGAGCCGCAGCCGCCGGCGGCAUGAGGCGCGACCCGGCCCCCGGCUUCUCCAUGCUGCUCUUCGGUGUGUCGCUCGCCUGCUACUCGCCCAGCCUCAAGUCGGUGCAGGACCAGGCGUACAAGGCACCCGUGGUGGUGGAGGGCAAGGUACAGGGGCUGGCCCCAGCCGGCGGCUCCAGCUCCAACAGCACCCGAGAGCCGCCCGCCUCGGGUCGGGUGGCGCUGGUAAAGGUGCUGGACAAGUGGCCGCUCCGGAGCGGGGGGCUGCAGCGCGAGCAGGUGAUCAGCGUGGGCUCCUGUGCGCCGCUCGAAAGGAACCAGCGCUACAUCUUUUUCCUGGAGCCCACAGAACAGCCCUUAGUCUUUAAGACGGCCUUUGCCCCCCUCGACACCAACGGCAAAAAUCUCAAGAAAGAGGUGGGCAAGAUCCUGUGCACUGACUGCGCCACCCGGCCCAAGUUGAAGAAGAUGAAGAGCCAGACGGGACAGGUGGGUGAGAAGCAAUCGCUGAAGUGUGAGGCAGCAGCCGGUAAUCCCCAACCUUCCUACCGUUGGUUCAAGGACGGCAAGGAGCUCAACCGCAGCCGAGACAUUCGCAUCAAAUAUGGCAACGGCAGAAAGAACUCACGACUACAGUUCAACAAGGUGAAGGUGGAGGACGCUGGGGAGUAUGUCUGCGAGGCAGAGAACAUCCUGGGGAAGGACACCGUCCGGGGCCGGCUUUACGUCAACAGCGUGAGCACCACCCUCUCAUCCUGGUCGGGGCACGCCCGGAAGUGCAACGAGACAGCCAAGUCCUAUUGCGUCAAUGGAGGUGUCUGCUACUACAUUGAGGGCAUCAACCAGCUCUCCUGCAAAUGUCCAAAUGGAUUCUUCGGACAGAGAUGUUUGGAGAAACUGCCUUUGCGAUUGUACAUGCCAGAUCCUAAGCAAAAAGCCGAAGAGCUGUACCAGAAGAGGGUGCUGACUAUCACGGGCAUCUGCGUGGCUCUGCUGGUCGUGGGCAUCGUCUGUGUGGUGGCCUACUGCAAGACCAAAAAACAGCGGAAGCAGAUGCACAACCACCUCCGGCAGAACAUGUGCCCGGCCCACCAGAACCGGAGCUUGGCCAAUGGGCCCAGCCACCCCCGGCUGGACCCAGAGGAAAUCCAGAUGGCAGAUUAUAUUUCCAAGAACGUGCCAGCCACAGACCAUGUCAUCAGGAGAGAAACUGAGACCACCUUCUCUGGGAGCCACUCCUGUUCUCCUUCUCACCACUGCUCCACAGCCACGCCCACCUCCAGCCACAGACACGAGAGCCACACGUGGAGCCUGGAACGUUCUGAGAGCCUGACUUCCGACUCUCAGUCGGGGAUCAUGCUAUCAUCAGUGGGUACCAGCAAAUGCAACAGCCCAGCAUGUGUGGAGGCCCGGGCAAGGCGGGCAGCAGCCUACAACCUGGAGGAGCGGCGCAGGGCCACCGUGCCACCUUACCAUGACUCCGUGGACUCCCUUCGCGACUCCCCACACAGCGAGAGGUACGUGUCGGCCCUGACCACGCCCGCGCGCCUCUCGCCCGUGGACUUCCACUACUCGCUGGCCACGCAGGUGCCGACUUUCGAGAUCACGUCCCCCAACUCGGCGCACGCCGUGUCGCUGCCGCCGGCCGCGCCCAUCAGUUACCGCCUGGCGGAGCAGCAGCCGUUACUGCGGCACCCGGCGCCCCCCGGCCCGGGACCCGGGCCCGGGCCCGGCGCAGACAUGCAGCGCAGCUACGACAGCUACUACUACCCCGCGGCGGGGCCCGGACCGCGGCGCGGGACCUGCGCGCUCGGCGGCAGCCUGGGCAGCCUGCCCGCCAGCCCCUUCCGCAUCCCCGAGGACGACGAGUACGAGACCACGCAGGAGUGCGCGCCCCCGCCGCCGCGGCCGCGCGCGCGCGGCGCGUCCCGCAGGACGUCGGCGGGGCCCCGGCGCUGGCGCCGCUCGCGCCUCAACGGGCUGGCGGCGCAGCGCGCAAGGGCGGCGCGGGACUCGAUGUCGCUGAGCAGCGGCUCGGGGGGAGGCUCGGCCUCGGCGUCGGACGACGACGCGGACGACGCGGACGGGGCGCUGGCGGCCGAGAGCACGCCUUUCCUGGGCCUGCGCGCGGCGCACGACGCGCUGCGCUCGGACUCGCCGCCACUGUGCCCGGCGGCCGACAGUAGGACUUACUACUCUCUAGACAGCCACAGCACGCGGGCCAGCAGCAGACACAGCCGCGGGCCGCCCCCGCGGGCCAAGCAGGACUCGGCGCCACUCUAGGGCCCCGCUGCGCGCCCCUCCGCCUCGCCCGUCCCACUGUCUUUAAGGAGACCAGAGACCGCCUACUGGAGAGAAAGGAGGAAAAAAUAAAUAAAAAUAUUUUUAUUUUCUAUAAAAGGAAAAAAGUAUAACAAAAUGUUUUAUUUUCAUUUUAGCAAAAAUUGUCUUAUAAUACUAGCUAACGGCAAAGACGUUUUUAUAGGGAAACUAUUUAUAUGUAACAUCCUGAUUUACAGCUUCGGGAAAAAAAAGAAACAACAACAAAAAAAAAGAGAGAUGGGCCAAUUUUUUGACUCUUUAAUAGAAACCUAUUUUGUGGUGCCUUUUGCUGUACGCUCAUCUGGGGCUCCGGGGGAGAGUUGGUUGCGGGGUGCUGGGAGUGACAGCAGGGAGAGAAGAGGCUGCGGGGUUCUGGUGGGGGCGAGGGUGGGGGGCCGUGAGGGGUUGGCCCUGAGGAAGAACUGAGGACAGAAGUAGCUUUGCUCCCAGGCGCAAGAGCUGGAGUUCCCGACCCCUGGGAGGAGAGGGCCAGGACCCUAGGCUUGGAGCUGGAGCUGGGGUAACUUCCAGGGGGAGAUAAAGACACAGCUACCCGAAUGGGGAAGCCCUGGCUACUCACAGCUGUUAGAGGAGGAGGGCAGAGAAAGGUCUCCCCAAGAGCCUGGGCCCAGGGAGGUGGCAGCUCUGCCAGGGGCCCAAUGUUGGCGGCUCCUGUCCCCCACAGCCUCCAGGACGCCCCUCCGUCCUCUGCAGCACCUUCGUUUACAGGUCGUCUUUUCUAUUUUACACCUGCAUGUCCUUUGCAUUUCAGAUUCUUUAGAUUGGAUGCAUGGUCACGCUGGGACCGAGAAGAGCCACUCGACAGUGUAUUCCCCUUUUAGCAAUAAAGUAACACCAUUUCCUUCUCACAGGCUGCCUCCCAGCCCCCAACCCACCUGUGACUUCCACUCGUCUCCAGUCCUGCCCUCCCACCCCCAAAAACUGGGUCCACUGCUAAUUUGUCAAAAAGGUAAUUGUUUAAAAAAAAAAUUCCAAACAGAAACAAAUGGGAAUCCUGUCCUGAAAUGUCUGAACACCUGACUGUUGACACUUGAACAUUUUUAUAUUAUAAAUAAAAUCAGAAAUAACUCCUGUU